AUGGAACAGACAGAUGAUUGUGAUCACAGUCCUAUAAAUAGUAGUCUAGAAGAUAAUGCUGAUAAGGGAAAUUUAGAUGAUGAAAAUGUAGAAGAAUUGAAAAAAAAAAUUAUCGAUUUGGAGUUGCAACUAGAAUAUGAAAUAAAUCGUCACGAAGAUGAAAUAAGGGAGAGGGAUGAAGCACUAAAACAAAUGGAGGAAAAACUUAUUGAAAUGGAAAAUGCCAAAAGUGAUAUGGAGGAAAAAGAUAAAGCAAUUUUAAAUUUAAGUGAAAAAUUGUUAAUAAUUUCAAAUAAAUAUGAUGUCUUAGUGAAAGAAGGGAAAUUAAAAGAUGAAGAAAUAAAACAUAUUAAAAAUAAAAAAAAAUAUAAAAAACAAGCAACUGAUGAAUAUAUAGCUUCAAUGAAAAAACAAAAUGAUGAAUAUAAAAAUGAUAAUGUUGCAAUACAUGAAAAAUAUGAUAACCUAUUAAAAGAAUAUGAUACACUUACAAACGAUUAUAAAUUAUUAGAAGAAGAAUUAAAUAAAAAUAUAGAUGAAUUAAAUAAAAAUAUAGAUGAAUUAAAUAUUGAAAAGACGACAAAAAUGAAUGAAUACGACGAAAUUGUUGCUCUUAAAAUGUUAAAUAUGGAUAAGGAACUAAGGCAAAAGAGGCAUGCAGGAAAUGAUGUGGGGGAAGAAAACUCUCUUAAAUUAGAGCUAAAAUAUAAAGAUAUGAUAAUUAAAAAAUUGAUAAUAAAAAAAGAAAAAGAAAAAAUUUUAGAAAAAAAAGAAUUUGUAAACAAAGAAGACAACAAUAAUAAUAUCAAUGAGGAGAUUAAUAAUUAUGAGAAAAAAGUGAAUGAAUUACACCAAAAGUAUAUAGAAUCUCAAAGUGAUCAAGCUCAAUUGCAGAACAAGAUUACGAAAUAUUGUAGCAUUAUUGACGACCUCAAAAAAGAGAAAAAUGAAUUAUUGGAAACUAUCAAUACACUGAGGGAAUAUAUCAACACAACACAAAAGGAAGACACCGAUAUUCAUCAAUAUGAUGACCUAAUAAAUAACCUCCUAAAAGAAAAUGUUACAUUGAACGAAGAAAUUUCUAAGCAGAAAAAAAAGAAUAUAGCCGAUGUGUACUAUUAUAAUAAGGAACUACAAAUGUUGCAAAAUGACAAAAUGAAAAUUAUUGAAAAGUUUGAUAUAGCAAAUAAUAGUGUUCCCCAUUUAUAUGAGCCAUUAAAUGUAACACUACAUGAACAAAAAGACGAUGAAAAAAAAACAAAUUUUUAUAAAAAUAAUCAUGGAACUAAUAUACAGGAGUUUCCAAAUAAUUUUAAGAAAGAAACCAACUUAAUAAAGGGAAAUUCAGACACCCCAAAAGAUCCAGUAAUUACUGAAGAUUUUGCUCAUAUCUAUAUGCAAGAUUAUAUGAAAAAUAUGCCAAAUCGUGAAAAAUAA